AUGUGUAGUUGUACUUCCGGAAGGUGGGGUUUUGUUUCAGGGGGAGCGGUUUGCUUUGGAGAUCCAAUGCCUCAAUAUGCGCUUUUAAUGCGGCACGGUUCGAGAUAGUAUUACCGGGAAAAGAAAUAUCACUCCUGCAUUUAUUGUGUAAGUGACAGGGGGAGCAUCUUAUGUGUGAGAUAGUGUGAAAGUGACAGAAGAAUCCAAGAUGGCGACCGGAAAGAAUAAAAACCAGAGCUCAUUGGCGCUGCACAAAGUGAUCAUGGUUGGGAGUGGAGGAGUGGGCAAGUCGGCACUCACUCUGCAGUUUAUGUAUGACGAGUUUGUGGAGGACUAUGAGCCCACAAAGGCGGACAGUUACAGGAAGAAGGUGGUACUGGACGGAGAUGAGGUGCAAAUCGACAUUUUGGACACAGCUGGACAGGAGGACUACGCUGCCAUCCGAGACAACUACUUCCGGAGUGGAGAGGGCUUUCUGCUGGUCUUCUCCAUCACAGAGCAGGAGUCCUUUACUGCCACUGCUGAGUUCAGGGAGCAGAUUUUGCGAGUGAAGGCCGAAGAGGACAAAAUCCCUCUUCUGGUGGUGGGAAACAAGUCCGACCUGGAAGACCGGAGACAGGUAUCUGUGGAGGCGGCCCGGGGUAAAGCCGAAGAGUGGGGUGUCCAGUAUGUGGAGACAUCUGCCAAAACUAGAGCCAACGUUGACAAGGUGUUUUUUGACCUGAUGCGUGAAGUACGAGGCAAGAAGAUGUCCGAAAACAAAGACAAAAACGGCAAAGGAAAGAACAAAAAGAACAAGAAGAGCUUCAAGGAAAGAUGUUGUUUACUUUAAGCUUUCUUUUUAAUAGACCUUAACAAAUCACAUCACACACCUGUGGAGGACAUGCUUGCCCAAUCAUCGUCAUUUACUUUUUUUUUUUUUUUUUUAAAGGUGCACAGUGUAACUUUUCUCGGAGUGCACGUCCACCAACUUGUCUCCAUGGAGAUGUCAUUGCUUUUCCUGGAAAGUAUGGUGUUAAACUUGUGUAUCUUCCAUUUAUUCCAUUACAAGUGUUUAGUAAAGCUUCAUUUUGUCUUCAGUUUUAAACAGGUACACCACUCCGUCCAGUAGUAGACAGUAUACGAUCAGUCACAUACAACCUCUCCAAGUCAAAACAAGACCUCAAAUAAGAAUAAAUAUAAGAACUCAAAACCACUGGCAAAAGGCCUAAAGCACAUCAUCAUAAAACCAGAUAAAAUGUUCCGCGAUGUCAUAUCUCUGUUCACACAACCCCGGCUGAAGCCACACUCAACAUUGUUCAUAAUAGACUCAGUCAGGACAAAUCACUCCAAAAAAGAACCCAACUCAAAAUAGAAAAUAUAAUGACCCUAAUGAGAUUUGUAGCCACAUCCACUUACUUUCAAUACCAAAGAACCAUAUACAAACAAAAAGAAUGAUUCACCAUGGGAGACCCACUGUCAGCAAUCAUGAGCUAAUUUUUCAUGGAAGACCUGAAACAACAAGCCAUUGCCACAGCACCAAUAGACUGCAGGGUCACACUCUGGAAAAGCUACAUUGAUGACAUUUUGGAAAAAAAAUCAAAGCCAGCUACAUACAACAGCUCACAGACCACCUGAACACCAUGAACCACACUGGCAACAUCAAAUUCACACAUGAGGAGGUGCAAAACAAAGAAAGAAAUAAUCAUUUUUUUAAGUUAAAUAAUAGUUUAACUUAAAAAGAGGCAGAGAAAAAACAGGCACAAAACUCAGAAAAACACACACACAAAAAAAGAAAAAGAACAUUUACAAGAUUAAAACACCUCCAAUAGUCAGUCUGCCACACAUCAGGGAGGUUACAGCACACAUAGAGAGCCAUGAAAUAAACACAACAUCUAUACAAAGGUCAAACUACACAUGAAACUCAGACACUUAUUAAAGAAACCAAGCCAAUGUGACACUUCUGAGGAAGUAGCUGAACCUUUCAGUCAUAUGCACAGCUAAACAGAACAGUUUUGAGACUGAAUUUAAACAUUGUCAAAGUAGAGGCCUGUCUCACAUCUUCAGGAAGACCAGGGUUUUUUAGGUGCAUAAAACUGAAACUCUGAUUCACCAUGUUUAGCCCUGACUCUGGGCACCAGCAGGAGGCUGGUCCCUGAAGUCCUCAGAGUGUAAGAUAGUUCAUAUGGCACUAACUUGACAGAGAUGUACUUUGGACCUAGGCCAUGAAGAGACUUGUACAUAAGCAGAGCUGCUUUAAAUUCUAUUCUGAUUUACAGGAAGCAGACACCUGAGCACAGGACUUAUGUGCUCAUACUUCCUGGUUGUAGUCAGGACCCGAGUAGCAGCGUUCUGGAUGUACUGCAGUUGAAAAGCUGGUAAACAACUGCUCCUGUCUGAUAGAUCAUUUUAAAGCCAUACUGAUGGAACUUUUUUUAGCAAAGCACAAGCAGUGACAUCUCCAAGGAGACGAGCAGUUAGCUGACUCUACAUUGGAAAAGUUACAUAGUGUAGCUUUAACAGAAGCUGCGUCAUAAUUUAGUGCCGAUGGAAUGCUGUCAACCCCUUUGCCAUUGAAUCAAGUUUAAGCUGCUCUUUGAUGACCAUUCUGACCUGGAUUGCCCAUUGUAAGUCUAUGGUCAAACUGCUACUGACACUAAGGCCCUUGCUGCUUUUACAUGGGUGGUUUUAAAAGCACAUAAUUUUUUUUUCUGUUUGUGCAUCGUGUUAAUAGGAAAAUUGGGAGUUGUUUGAAAUGCCUGUCAGAAGUAGAGCAAGAAUGAUACUUUUGUUUGUGUCUGUUUUAUGUAAAUGACUGCUCAAAUUCAUAGCAACAUAAGCAGUAGAAGCCACAGUCAACAUGUUUGUCAUGCAUAAUUUAAUGUCACACUGUAAAAUGAUGUUUUCUGUAACCUUGUUACCAGUGAUCAGGUGAAACAAUAUGACCACUUGUUUUAUGCAGUGCCAUAUGCAACAAGUACAAUGUGAACUUGCAUUUACUUAAUUAUUGUCUAUAUCCUUACAUCUCAAUGUUAACAAAAUAUUUACUUUUGCGCAAACACUCCCAUCAUUGAAGAAUUAUUUGCUUUUUCCUUUCUGGAGUUAGCUUUAUAGCACUACUCCUUACCACUAUAGCUGCAACAGUUAAUUGUCUAGUUGACUGAUAAAGAUCCCAGAUUGAUAUGUAGAACUCUAUUCAGAAGGCUACACAUAUCAAUCUGGUGAGAACAGAUUAGCCCUGCAUAUCACUAGAGGCUAUACCAUUUUUGAGCAGGUAUUCUGUUGCCAUAAGAGUACUGUUUUUACCAAAUGCCUGAAAAGAGGGCUGUAACAUGGUGUGUGAAAACGGGAAUAUAUAACAAGGGUAUAGCAAUGGUCUAACUACGCUGCUCCAAUCAUUUUUACUAUUCAACUCAGUGAUACUGCCUUCAAGUCAAACCACAAUUGUCUACCUUAUAUAUUGUGUUGAUUUUAUUCUUAAGUCUAUAGCUGAGCCCCUCUUAUUUUCUGUAUUGUAUCUACUAUCUAAAUAUUUAUUGCUGCUGGUGUAUCCAUUGCCUUGUUCAUUGAAAAGUCAAACCUCAGUAGAUGUUAUAACUGAACCAUUCGUACAUUAGUAAAGUGUAAUUCAAUUUAAACACUGCCAUAGGAGCACACAUUGCCAAACGGGUUAUUUAGUAUUAUGUUUUUUGGGGGGUUUUUGGCCUUGAGAGGACACCUGGUGCUUAAUACAUGCAACUAUUCCCUUUUGAAUAAUACCACUGCCUUCUCAUAUUGGUCUUUUAUAUUGCUUGCAUAUUAAAUACGGCUUCACAAUAUUCCAUUAAAUUUAAACAUUUUAAAUAACUCCUUCAUUAAAUUCCAUUAGAUUAGAAUCUACUUGAAAAUGAAUCUUUCCUUCCUUCUCAAUUUUCCUAGUACAGAAUUGCAUUAUUAUGUCAGAUGCUUUUCCUGGUGUUACACGAUUGAUCCAAGCUUGGCACCAGCACAAACUGUAUAUCGGCUGCCUGGUGACCCCCAGUGGUUUGAUUAUGCAAGUAAUAUUUAUGUUUUGCCUACCUUUGUUCUUAUAGAUCAUAAAUAAACUAGCAACUGCACAUGUUAUGAAGAUAGUAAUUGCUCAGAUUUUGGUGACAUAUUUCAAUUGGAAGAUUCAUUUGUUAUAUUGUGCUGCCCUAAUUUUAAAAUGUUAGUUGGCUAUUUUUUGUAAAAUGCAACAUUUCUAUUCAACUUGGAUUUGUAUUCAUUCUCAUUUCCACCAUGUUUUUGUUUUAUUGUAGUCACAACUCCUCCACAUCUUUUAAUGCAAGGCAGGUGCUGACAAUCUAGUAAGCCGUCUUCUCUCCUGUACAUUUUGAUGGUGCAUAAACCACUUAUUUUUCCCUUCUCAAAACAUGCACUACAUUCCCAAUGCCUACAAAACAGGACUUGCCAUGCUAAAAGUCAAAAUGCUGAAGAGUUGUAUGUACGUGCCAACCCACACAGUGCAAUGAAAGAAGUUUGUUUUUAAAUGGUUGUAUGCAAAGGUGUGCUACCUUUUCGUUUGAGUGCUGCCACAUCGAGGGUGCCAUGUAGUAACUGUCAUUUGUGGAAAUACUUUGGAAAAGAAGAUGUCUCUAUACCACUGCCUAAAACCUUUUUUGUAAUUUGUCCUUCCAUUUCCUUUGACUAUUGUGAGUAUGCUUUUACCUCUGGGCUGUGAGGCCGAAGCAAAA